AUUAAUGAAAAUUUUUAAUCGGCUAGAGAUUUAAUAUUGUUUAUUAGUUUUACAUUGUUGCUCUUAACAUUGAUUUUUUAAAUUAAUUUAAAACUAGAAUUGAACACGGUGAAUUCUCUAAAUCUAAGCUGAAACUGUUUUUCUUUCCUCAAUGAAACCUGUUCUGUCAUGUCUUACACUGAAUUGGAACAUGGUUAUCAGGGUCUACGGAGUGCCAGCCGACCAAUUUUCUAUGUAGGCGAUUUAAAUACUGUACAACCAACCCUUGUGGGUCCUGUUGCUCCUUCUAUAUAUCGUUCAUCAAAAAGAGCCGAACUGUCGGACGGGUGUAGUAAUGAUGAUGGAUGCAUGGGUGGAAGUGACUUGGAAGGAGAAGGGAAGCAAGUUUUGGUUGGAAUCUGUGCGAUGGCAAAAAAAUCUCAGAGUAAACCAAUGAAAGAAAUUUUAACAAGAUUAGAAGAAUUUGAGUACAUUAAAAUAGUAGUAUUUCCUGAAGAAGUUAUUUUAAAGGAGUCUGUAGAAGAUUGGCCAAUUAUUGAUUGUUUAAUAAGUUUCCACAGUAAAGGUUUUCCUCUUGAUAAAGCUAUAAAUUAUGCUAGCCUUAGAAAUCCUUUUAUCAUCAAUAAUUUACCAAUGCAGUAUGAUAUUCAGGAUCGUAGAAGAGUUUAUGCUAUUUUAGAGAGUGAAGGUAUCGAAAUUCCGAGAUAUGCUGUUUUGGAUAGAGAUUCAUCAGAUCCAAAACAUCAUGAAUUGGUGGAAUCAGAGGAUCAUGUGGAAGUUAAUGGUGUUACAUUUAACAAACCUUUUGUAGAAAAACCAGUAUCUGCAGAAGAUCAUAACAUUUAUAUUUAUUAUCCUACAUCUGCAGGUGGAGGAAGUCAAAGAUUAUUUAGGAAGAUUGGAAGUCGUAGUAGCGUAUAUUCACCAGAAUCUCGAGUUCGUAAAACAGGUUCUUACAUUUAUGAAGAUUUCAUGCCAACCGAUGGUACAGAUGUUAAGGUUUAUACUGUGGGUCCAGAUUAUGCUCAUGCAGAGGCAAGAAAAAGUCCUGCAUUAGAUGGUAAAGUUGAAAGAGAUUCAGAGGGAAAAGAAAUUCGCUAUCCAGUUAUACUAAGUAAUGCUGAAAAGCUAAUUAGUAGAAAAGUGUGUCUAGCUUUCAAACAAACAGUGUGUGGUUUUGAUUUACUUAGAGCAAAUGGCCAGUCAUUUGUAUGUGAUGUAAAUGGAUUCAGUUUUGUGAAAAAUUCUAACAAAUACUAUGACGAUUGUGCAAAGAUUUUGGGAAAUAUGAUUUUGAGGGAAUUAGCUCCCACUUUACACAUACCAUGGAGUGUUCCCUUUCAAUUAGACGACCCACCUAUUGUACCUACUACAUUUGGGAAGAUGAUGGAAUUGCGAUGUGUAGUUGCUGUUAUAAGACAUGGAGAUCGAACACCGAAACAAAAAAUGAAAGUGGAAGUUCGUCAUCCGAAAUUUUUCGAGAUAUUUGCAAAAUAUGAUGGCUAUAAACAUGGUCACAUCAAAUUAAAGAGACCUAAGCAAUUGCAAGAAAUUUUGGACACUGCUCGUAGUUUAUUAGCUGAAAUACAACAUCGUGCUGCUGGACCAGAAUUGGAAGAAAAACAGGGAAAAUUAGAACAAUUGAAAAGUGUCUUAGAAAUGUAUGGACAUUUCUCAGGAAUAAAUCGCAAAGUGCAAAUGAAGUACCAACCAAGAGGGCGACCUAGAGGAAGCUCAUCUGAUGAUGAUCGACUUGGAGAACCUUCACUUGUUUUGAUACUGAAAUGGGGUGGAGAAUUAACACCAGCUGGUCGUAUUCAGGCAGAAGAAUUGGGAAGAAUAUUUCGCUGCAUGUAUCCUGGUGGUCAAGGUAGACACCUUAGUGAGGAAGACUCAGAGAUGUUACCAAACCACGGUGAUUAUGCUGGUGCACAAGGUUUAGGAUUGCUAAGACUUCAUUCAACAUUUCGACAUGAUUUGAAGAUUUAUGCAAGUGAUGAAGGGAGAGUACAGAUGACAGCUGCAGCUUUUGCAAAAGGCUUACUUGCAUUAGAGGGUGAAUUAACGCCUAUAUUAGUACAAAUGGUGAAAAGUGCUAACACUAAUGGUUUGUUGGACAAUGAUUGUGACAGCAGUAAAUAUCAAAACAUGGUAAAAACACGACUUCAUGAAUUACUACAACAGGAUCGAGAAUUUACACGUGAAGACAGAGAGCAGAUAAAUCCUGGUAAUGCAUUAAGUAUUAAUGCAGCAAUGGAUUUUGUAAAAAAUCCUGUUCGGUGUUGUCAGCAUGUGCAUACUUUGAUUCAAAAGCUAAUGGAUAUUGUUCGUAUUAAGAAAGACGACCCUAAAACCAAAGAUGCAAUUCUUUAUCACGGUGAAACGUGGGAAUUAAUGGGUCGACGGUGGGGGAAGAUUGAGAAAGACUUUUGUACCAAAAAUAAGAGAUUUGACAUAUCAAAAAUUCCAGAUAUUUAUGAUUGUAUAAAGUAUGAUCUGCAACAUAAUAACCAUACAUUGCAAUUUGAACAUGCAGAAGAAUUGUACAUUUAUUCUAAGUACCUAGCAGAUAUUGUAAUACCACAGGAAUAUGGAUUAACAGUGCAAGAGAAACUUACUAUAGGUCAAGGUAUUUGCACUCCACUUUUAAAGAAAAUAAGAGCAGAUUUGCAGAGAAAUAUUGAGGAGUUUGGAGAAGAAACUGUUAAUAGGCUUAAUCCAAGGUACUCUCAUGGCGUUUCUAGUCCAGGUCGACAUGUGCGCACAAGACUUUAUUUUACAAGUGAAAGUCAUGUGCAUUCCUUGUUAACUGUUUUACGUUAUGGUGGUUUACUUGAUGUAAUGAAAGAUGAACAAUGGCGUCGAGCUAUGGAAUAUGUUAGCAUGGUUUCUGAAUUAAAUUACAUGUCCCAAAUUGUAGUUAUGUUAUACGAAGAUCCAACUAAGGAUCCAAGCAGUGAAGAACGUUUCCAUGUUGAAUUGCAUUUUAGUCCUGGUGUGAAUUGCUGUGUGCAAAAGAAUUUACCACCAGGACCAGGUUUUAGACCACAUUCACGCAAUGAAAGUAGCCAUAAUGUAGCUGAAAGUGGUGGUUCUGCUCAAGAUACUAUUUCACAAUGCAGUACUCGAAUAGAAGAAGAAGAUGUAGAAUUAGGAAUUUUGGAAGACGAUUUUAUGAAUCCACCAUUGCAAUCUGAAACACCUCCACCACCUAUGGAAACAGAUACUGUAGACGCAAUGAUAGAUAGUCCAACAACUAGUAGAGCAGUUGAUAUGAUGGAUCUACACCCUAAUAUGAUGGAUGAACCAUUUGAUAGUGGUUUUUUACAGAGUUCUGCGCCUAUUCCAAUAAGUGCCAGAACUGUAGCUGGUCACGAAGCAGCAAGACUUGGUAGUCAGUUAGCUGCAAGUCAACGUCAACGACGUGAUGCAGAGAGAGGAACAAUUGUUGAACCGCGUGCUCGUAGUUAUGAUCAUCAAAGACAAGACAAGCCUGAGAAAGCUACAGACAAGCUGCAGUAUCAGAGCUUGGACGCUGUCAACAAAGAAGAGAAGCAUGUAACAGAGCAAUGCCACUUAGAGAGAUCUGGCCAGGUUUUGCUGAAUGUACCAACGGAAAAAUUGCUGGGUCUGCCGCACUCCUUCAGUUCACCGGAGUUUCCAGUUCCUUCGAUAGAAACCUCCACUUUGAGCUCAACACCCUUGGUGACUUUGCAUACAUCUCCUCUAGUUUCACCAAACAGCCGGACUUCGGAUGUGAUGAAUAUUGUGCUUCCGGUCCCCACGAUUCGUUCUUCGUUUUUCGAUACCAAUUCUGAACAACCUGAUGAUUUUGAUCCACGUUCUCAAAGUAAGAAAUAUGGACGUUCCCAUUCAGAGAUGAUUCUGCCUGGGAUCGAGUGUAGCGGUGAGUUGAUCGAUUCCUCAAAACCGCCACCAAGUAAUCCGUGGCCAAAACGUUCCCAUUUUUCGUUAUCCUUACGUGAAAGAACCCCAGAGACAGCGACAUUUAUGGGGCAAUUUAAACUGGAGAAACGUUCUCGUUCAUUGUCACCUUACCUACCCAAGUGUCUUUGUUAUAAUUGUAACGUUUCGGAGCUGAUUUUAAGAAGCAGAGAUCUACCGCCCGUCGAACGUUUCAACUUCGAUAUUUAUUUCGCACGUUCUCUCUCACAUAAAUUUUUUAAUUGUUCCUGUUACUCGAGCCUACAAGAGGUUGGAUCCAAUCGUUUAUCUCGUAGUGUUCCUUUUCAUAAUAGCUGUGGAAAUUUUAAAGGAUUUGCUGGAAUAGGUCAUCCUGAUUCAUCCUUUGUAUGUAUGAAAGGCAGACUUCCUACGUUUCCUGGAAGACAAUAUAUUGCUCCUUAUAUGGAGUCAAGAUUCGAUCAUUAUUCUACAUAUAAGCAACAAUCAAGAGGUCAUGAUCGCAGUGAAUCGAUACUGUUCAAGGAGAAAGAGAAGUGGGGAUUUAAAAACAAUAUUAUGAGACGAACAUUCAAUAGUGAUAAUGUAAUUGGGAAUACACGUGUACCAAUCAAAAAGUUAUCUUGUCCCCAUCUACAAUCUGAUGUUUUUUCUUGUGUUGAUUCAGUUUGUUCAAAUGAAAAUGGUGAAGCAAUUAAUUGUUCAAGGAUAUAUAAAUGUUGGUCUUGUCCUAAUGUGAAUCUCCAGUGGCACGGUAGCCUAGUAGACAUACCGAAUCAUAGUAGUAUGCUUUAUCAUACGCCCCAUGCACACGAUAAUGAUGUUCACGAUGAUCACAAUAUUCCUCGCAAGUAUAAUCAUCGUUCCAAGAGUCCACGUGAACCAUUCUCCCGACUCCAGCCUCAACGAUCCUUCUCAUCUCCAGACACACGACCUUCGAUCAUUCAACCUGACCCUACCUGCACAGCAAGGCGCCACCGUCACAGUAUCUCCGGACAGAUGAGUUAUUUCAAGCUGUUGGGCUACAACGUCAACAAGAAGUUGACUGGAUCAGCAAACAGUUUAUUCAGCACAGCUGUUAUCAGUGGAUCUUCAAGUGCUCCAAAUCUUAAGGAUAUGGUGCCUCCUCAUGCGUCUGCUGUUGCUGCAAUAGAAGGUUUCGGUGGUGUACCGCCAAUAAGACCUUUGGAAACUCUUCACAAUGCAUUGUCAUUGCGACAAUUGGAUUCGUUUUUGGAAAUGAUGACUAGCGCCCCUCUUUUUCGAACACCCGCUUCUUCACCACCGAAGUAUCCUUCUCCUGGUGGAUCGACUCACGAAUCAGUUAAUCAAACUCUCAGUAUCGGAGGAAUCAGUCGCGAGUACCACUCUUCCGACCUGGAAGCUGUCAGAUAUAUUACACCAACUCCUAUACAGUAUAAACCUUCAAAUGAUGGAGAGCCUUGUGAUAUAAGAAAUCAAUUAUCACCAACUAGUCCUAAUAGUACUGGAUGGAGCAGUGAACCACAGUCAUUUCUCUCUUCUGAACCCUCAUCUCCUGCACCAACUUCAACAGGAGAGUGCAGUAUGUCUAUUAGUCUAAUAAGUAAUGACGGAGCACAAUCGUUUAAUAUGGGUCCUAAGUUUCCUACAACUCCAUGUUUGGAUGUGGACUUCAACGAAUUUUGUAUAAAUAUUGAUCAGGAACAUAGGGAAGGUCGUGGUAGUGUAUCAUAUACAGAUUACUAUAGUAAUGAAGAUGGUCAAAUACGAAACUGUGGGUUUGGAGCAGACUUCACUACUAAUCUACAGAAAAUCAUGCGUACUGAUGAUCUUCCUGUUGACAACAUGGAUGAUGACGAGGAUCACACAAUAACUUUAAAGCAAACUGAAGAGCAAAAAAAACAGGACGUCAAACGAAUAUUUGAGCAGAAGGAAAAUUCAAACACAAAGUCUAAUAUUGGUUAUAAAAAAAUUGGAAGAUUUCUCGUUGAAAGCAUGGAAAUAUCAGAUGAAGAUGUUAGAAUUAAAGAAGCAGAUACUAUAGAUAAGGCAAAGUCAUUUGCUUUUCAGAAAACUGAAUUUCCAAACGAAGAAAAAACACAAAGAAAUAAAGAUAGUAUCGAAAUUAUACAAGAGCAGAAAAAGUUUCACUCUUCUAGCAGUUGUAAAAGGAACAACUUUUCUCGAUCACAGAGUGUUUCUAUGCCAAAAACUCCGACACAAAAAUUUGAGACAAAUUAUAGUUACAAGUGUACAUCAAAAUUAAGCUCUCUUUCAAAUAUGUCAGAUAAGGAUUUAGAAAAUUGGAAGCAGAGUAUGAUGGAAUCAAAAAAUUCUUCUUCUGCAAAAAUAAAAUCAGAGGAGCCAAUUCUUACUGUGGCAAGUACCAUGACAGGUAAUUCUAGUGUGACAAUAGGUUUCAAUGUUCAAGAUGAGAAGGAAGAACUUGACUUCUGA